AUGCCCCCAGUGCGCAACCCCAUCCUCCCAGGCUUCAACCCCGACCCCUCGGUCCUACGCGUCGGGGAAGACUAUUAUAUUGCCACGUCAACUUUCGAAUGGUACCCAGGCGUGCAAAUUCACCAUUCCCGGGACCUUGCCAAUUGGGAAGUGAUCGUUCGGCCCUUGUCCCGCAAGUCCCAGCUCGACAUGCGCGGUAACCCAGACAGCUGUGGCAUCUGGGCACCAUGUUUGAGCCAUGACGGAGAGAAGUUUUGGUUGGUAUAUACAGAUGUCAAGAGGAAGGAUGGAUCGUUUAAGGAUACCCCGAAUUACGUCGUUACGGCGAGGGAUAUCACGGGGCCAUGGUCGGAUCCAAUCUUCUUAAACAGCUCGGGAUUUGACCCCUCGCUAUUUCACGACCUGGAUACAGGGAAGAAGUGGCUUGUCAACAUGCUAUGGGAUCAUCGACAAAGGCCGCACUACUUUGCGGGUAUUGCGCUGCAGGAGUUUGAUCCCAUUCAGGGGAAAGUUGUUGGGCCAAGGAAAACCAUCUUUUAUGGCACCGAUCUGGCCCUCGUGGAGGGACCCCAUUUGUAUAAACGCAACGGGUGGUACUAUCUUUUGACGGCAGAAGGUGGAACGGGCUAUGACCACGCCUGCACUCUCGCUAGGUCGAGGGAUAUCUGGGGCCCGUAUGAAGUCCAUCCUCAAAAGCACAUCCUUACGUCAAAAGACCAUCCCCGUUCUGCGCUGCAGAGGGCAGGGCAUGGAGAUAUCGUCGAUACCCCAGAUGGAAGAACCUACCUCGUCCAUCUCACCGGCCGGCCGGUAACCCAGAGAAGGAGAUGUGUCCUCGGCAGGGAAACAGCUAUCCAAGAGUGUUACUGGGCCGAGGAUGGAUGGUUGUAUGUCAAAGAUGGGCCAGUACCAAGUCUGUGGGUUGACUUGCCUGCCGCAAGGGAUGAGGCGAAGUACUGGGCUGAGAAGAUAUACACUUUCGAAACCGGCUUGCCCAAAGACUUCCAAUGGCUGCGUACGCCAGAACCAGAACGUAUCUUCGAGACCAACCCUGAGGGUAAGUUAGUCCUCACCGGACGUGAAAGCAUCGGGUCGUGGUUCGAACAAGCCCUCGUUGCCCGUCGCAUCGAGCACUUUUCUCUUGACGCAGAGACAGUCAUCGACUUCAGCCCAACAGACGAGCGUCAGUUCGCCGGGUUGACGGUUUACUACUGCCGGUAUAACUUCUUCUACCUCACCAUCACUGCGCACUCAAACGGCCAGCGCGAGCUGCAGAUUAUGUCAUCAGAAGGCUCCUGGCCAGACAGCAACUUGCGGUUUCCCUUCCCAGGCGAGCCAAUCCCCAUACCACAGGAGGGGAAGGUCCGGCUAGCAGUGACCAUUCGAGGAGGGAAACAGCUGCAAUUUUAUUAUGCACUUGAGGUAGAGGAGGAGUUGAAGAAGAUCGGGCCAGUGUUGGAUGCGAGCAUUGUGUCGGAUGAGUGUGGAGGACAUAAGGAGCAUGGGAGCUUUACCGGGGCGAUGAUAGGCGUUGCGGCGUCAGAUUUGAAUGGAACUGCGGCGAGGGCAAUAUUUGACUAUUUCUUGUAUCGCCCAGUGAGCCAUGAGAGCGAUCGGUAUGAAUAA